CACUCUUAUUUUAAGUAUGGGAAUAGGCUGCACUGUUUGAUCAUUGUUUUGAGGUUACUUUUGAAUCGGAUUGACAUUUGUCAAAAUUUCAUUUAAUGUUCUUAUUAAGUUUCGUACUUAGAAGUUAGUAAUUUUCUUCAAAUUUGAACCAUACACACUUUCACGAUGUCGGCGGAUCUUAGCUGGAUGAUUAUUAGGAACAGCAAUGCAUUUCUGUCUAAGAAAACCAACAUUAAGAAACCAUUCAGUAAAGAACCAAUGAAUUUAACAAACUUGGCCUCUAAACGUUACAAUGGUCUUGUACACGAUAACAGUAUCGGUGUUGAAUCUGCUCCUAAUAACAAGGGUUUCACUGUCAUUACUAAAAAGCGCAAGUUGGCAAAUAAACCAGGAAAGUCUCUUGUAAAAGUAAACUUCACUAGUGGCCCAAGAAGAUCAUUGUUCAAGUUGCGAAAAUAUCUGCUUGGAAACAAUUACAGAAAAGACCUUAUUCAAGCUUCUUUGAGGAGGGCUAGUGCUAUUUUGGAAUCACAAAAACGAGCUACAUUGACCCUAAAGAAGUUGGGUAAAAGCAAGAAACCUGAUGCUUAAAUAUUUUUAAAAUAUAUAUUUUUUUUUUGUCUUAAAAUAUACAGCUUUUUUCUUUGUA